AUGGGGUCCAGAAACCUCCUCCUGAACUUGCUGCUUCUGUUGCCAUUCCUCCUCCCCAUUGCCGCAUUGCGUGUCGCCGCCGCAGCGGCCCCGCCAUGGCCGCCGAGGAACCUGGACACUGGUGGGCUUAGCCGGGACAGCUUCCCCGAAGGGUUCGUCUUCGGGACGGCGGCGUCAGCGUACCAGGUGGAGGGAAUGGCGGAUAAGGACGGCCGCGGCCCCAGCAUCUGGGACGUCUUCGUUAAGGUUCCCGGUCAGUCGGCCGCCAGGAAAAUCUGCCAUGAUUGAGUAGACUAAAACCAGACGAGCUUCUGCCUCCUCCCUUCCUGCCGGGAGGUUAACCCCUAGCUCAAUUCGUCUUUCUUUUCACCCACUGAAUUCUGUCUGUGGUGGUGGAUCAGGGAACAUUGCCAAAAACGCCACAGCCAACGUGACUGUGGACGAAUACCACAAGUACAGGGUGAGAUCUCCACGCUAACCCACAAGUUGACUCUGCCGCCAUCUGGGCCGGACCGGCAACGUUCUUUAUAUUCUUCCUUCAUCUCUCAGGACGACGUUGACAUUAUGAAGAAGAUGAACUUCGACGGCUACCGGUUCUCCAUCUCCUGGUCCCGGAUUUUUCCAAGUAAACACCGAUUUUACCGCAAAGAACAGUUCUUGGAACCUCAAUCGCAAGACACAAAGAAAAUUUUCAUAAAAAUGAAAUGCCCAAUAAAAAAAAUUGUGGAUUUUAUCUGCAGAUGGAGAAGGGAAGGUGAAUUGGAAGGGAGUCGCUUACUACAACAGGCUCAUUGACUACAUGAUAAAGAAAGGUGCUGACUCUGAACCCGUUUGACUUCUGGGCGGCGUGUUCAUGGUGUUUUUCAGCGGAUGUGAUGACCCAAGCGCAACUUCUCGGUCUGCAGGCAUCACCCCCUACGCAAACCUCUAUCACUACGACCUUCCCCAAGCUCUCGAAGAGAAAUACAAGGGCCUUUUAGGCAGAGAAAUUGUGUAAGAAUCCACGAAUCCUCACACCCGCCUGGUUUAUUCGAAGAAAAGUAUCUCAUUUUCUUUUAAUUAACUUCCGUUUCAAGGCAGGAGAAAAAUAAUCGAAUUUUAUCGGGAUUAUUGCCUUUAAUUUUUUAAAAAAAUCAUAUCCAUGUAAAAACUCCGCAAUCUGAAAUGGGUGCUGAUUUUAAUUAUUUCAAAUUUAUGAUAUUGGGUUUUGGAUUAACUUGGAAUGAAUUUUUUUCAAACCAAUUUAAACACUGAGGAAACACUGCAGAAUGCGAUCAGCCCUGAUUUGAUUUUUAUUUGAUUUUUAUUGAUUUGAUUUUAUUUUUAUUUCAUUUUUAUUCUAUUUUAUUUUAUUUUAUUUUAUUUUAUUUUAUUUUAUUUUAUUUUAUUUAUUUUAUUUAUUUUAUUUUAUUUUUAUUUUAUUUUUAUUUUAUUUUUAUUUUAUUUUUAUUUUAUUUUUAUUUUAUUUUUAUUUUAUUUUUAUUUUAUUUUUAUUUUAUUUUUAUUUUAUUUUUUACUUUAUCACAUUGGGCACUAGAUUAAAUCGGAAUCACCAACUGAUAUUUGGUUUUCAUUUCAUAUCAUAUCAACGUAAGUUCCAAGAAAAAAUCCGCAGCACGAGAUGAGUGUCGAUUUGACCUUUUUUUGAAUCUCCAAUUUUGGGCAAAAGAUUAAAUUGGAAAUAUUACACUUUAUGGAUCUGAAGGAACUGUUUCUAUUGGUUGCAGGAAGGCCUUCGCUGACUUUGCAGACUUCUGCUUCGAGGCAUUUGGCGAUAGAGUGAAGAACUGGAUGACAUUCAACGAACCGAGGGUUGUGGCAGCCCUGGGCUAUGAUAACGGGAUAUUUGCCCCCGGGAGAUGCUCCAAGGAAUUUGGGAACUGCUCGGCGGGGAACUCCUCAACAGAGCCGUACAUUGUUGCCCAUCAUCUCAUUUUAUCUCAUGCAGCUGCAGUCCAGAGAUAUCGCGAGAAGUAUCAGGUAUUCGAAAUUAUUCGAAAAUUAUUCCUUGGAUCAGCUUGCAUUAGAAAUUUGCCCAAUUUCUUGGAAUGCUUCAUCUUAUUUAUAUUUCUUUCACAUGUAAAGCAUUUCUUUUUUUAGAUAUAUCCUCUAUCGGUCAAAACAUUAUUUCAAAUUAUUCCUUGGAUUAGUGUGCACUCGAAAGUUGCCAAAUUUAUAGGAUUUCCAUCUCAUUUAUGCUUCUUUGACAGGUAUAGCAUAUAGUUUAGCCAUACCCAUGAUUAGUUAAAUCAUAUUUUUUUCUUAAUUAUUCCCUAGGAUCAAUUUCCAUUAAAUCAUUACCCAAUUUUUGGGAUGCUUCGUUUCAUUUAUACUCUUGCCAGGCGACCCAAAAGGGCAAGAUUGGGAUCCUCUUGGAUUUUGUCUGGUACGAACCCCUCAGCAAUUCAACCGACGACGAAGCAGCUGCUCAGAGAGGAAGAGACUUCCAUCUGGGAUGGUAACGGUCCAUCCCCUGCAUUUCCAAAAAUCAGCGAUGAAUGAAUUUACUCUAAAAUCUCCUUGAUUAAUUAUAGGUUUCUUGAUCCUCUGGUCUUCGGAGAAUACCCAAAAAAUAUGCAAGAAAUUGUGGGAGAGAGGCUUCCGAAAUUCAGCCCCGAGGAGGUCAAGAUGGUCAAAGGGUCCAUUGACUUUGUUGGCAUCAAUCAGUACACUGCUUAUUACUUGUUUGACCCGCAUCAGCCCCCGGAAAAAGUCACAGGAUAUCAACUUGACUGGAAUGCCGGAUUUGCAUGUAAUACAUUACUAUAUAUAUAUAUAUAUAUAUAUGAUGUCAUUGAAAUAAUUUUUGUGCAUAAAUUUUAUUUAAUGGGUUUUCGUCAUGAUUAUGCAGUUGAUCGAGAUGGUGUGCCCAUUGGACCUCGGGUAAUCAGUUGCUGAUAUAAUUAUUUCGAUUGAUCGAAGAACGAGAUCAAAUGGAACUUUGAUGUUAUAAUCUAGGGAAACCAUUCACGCUCCAUCCAUAAUUAUCUAAACCAUUCUUCAAAAAAAUUUCAGGCACACUCUGUCUGGCUUUAUAUUGUUCCAUGGGGAAUGUACAAAGCCGUAGCCUACGUUAAGGAGCAGUAUGGGAACCUAACCAUGCUCCUCUCUGAAAACGGUAAGAACCUGAGGAAUUCAUCACUUAAUCAGUCCCCGUCAAUUUAUUUCUUUUUAUGGAAUUUAUCUUCUUCAUCUUAAUUAGGCAAAAAAUAACCCUGAUCAGUAAUCUGGAAGUAUUUAGUAUUUUUAUUUUUAUUUUUAUUUUGAACCAUAAAUGACUCGAGGACUCAUUCUUAUCAGAAUUUAUUGGUCUUGAUUUGAAAAUAAAUAUAGAAAAACUUUUUCAUGAUUUUUCAAGUACUAUGAAAGGCUGAAAAACUUAGAAAACCCGUUUAUUUGACAUUUAUUGGCCAUCAAACCAUAAAAAGACAUGAUCGGCGAGAUGAGCUGAGGUGCUUUGGCCAUGAUCUCUUCCAGGCAUGGAUGAUCCGGGCAACGUCACCCUCCCGGCGGGGUUGCACGAUGUCACCAGAGUCAACUACUACAAGAGCUAUCUGAUCGAGCUGAAGAGGGCGAUCGACGACGGAGCCCGUGUGGUCGGCUACUUCGCCUGGUCCCUGCUGGACAACUUCGAGUGGAGGUCCGGGUACACCUCGAGAUUCGGCCUGGUCUACGUGGACUACCGAGACCUGAAGAGGUACCCGAAGAUGUCGGCCUGGUGGUUCAGGGAGAUGCUCCGGCGGAAGAGGAAGCACUGA